ACAGCAUUGAAACAACAACAGCAACAACAUGAAUAUAAGCUCAACGAUUUGCUGGAGCAGCCACUUUGAUGCCAAGACCAUAUGCAAUGUGGGUCCCGAUGUGCUCUGCGUGCGGCAGGGCAAUCUGGUCAAGUUUAUACAAAUGUCCACCAACAGUGUGAGCUACUUCAAGGCGGAGACGGUGGCCUCUGGACUGUACAUUAGUCAAUUCUGUGGACACAAUCGCUUUCCGCUGUUUGCCUUUGCUGAGGCAACGCUGCGUCCGCAGAUUUUCAUCUACAAGUAUCCGGAGCUGAGCAAGUUCAAUACGCUGACGUCCAACAAUGUCAUCAAUGUGGACAUGCGCUUCACCGAAUUCGAUCAGCUGCUGCUGCUCAGCGGCCAUCCCAGAUACACAAUCUGCAUCUUCAACUAUCGCAAUGGCAAUUUGCUGCUCGAGUACGAUACGCGCAUCACUUCGCGUCCGUUUAGCUUGUGCAGCAGUCUCAGCAGUUUGCCCACAGUGGUGCAAAUGGAUAAGCAGGAAAUGCGUUUGCUUUGCUAUGAAAUCGGCUUUGUCGACAAGGACGCCUUUCUGCAUUUAACUUCGAUAGUGGAGCUGGGAAAAAACUAUCUCAAGUCAGUUAAGCACUGCAUGUGCUUUGGCGAUGAUAACGAUCUUUAUGUUGUAAGCGAUUUUGGCGAGUUCUCGCAAAUAGACAUUGCCACCUUUUCGGUGAAGCCCAAAUGGUCUCCCAGCUACAUCAGCGAUCCGGGAGUUUCAAUGAUAACACGCGCCCAUUCGGUCACUUCGCAUCGCAACGGUUUCCUCAUUGCCAAUUACCUGACUGCGUUCUAUAUAAAGAAGAAGGCGGGCAACUUUGUGGUGGAGUGGACCAUCGAUGAGGAUCUGGGGAGCGUUUGCAUGUUCCGAAGCAAUCCCAAUGGCGAGCUCUAUGCGCAGCGUGAACUUGGCAGCAUUGAUGUGGUGCAGCUGGAGGAGAAUACAGGCAAACUAGUCGAGCUAGUGCCCACGGGCAAACCCGUGCUAGCGUUUCGCGUCCUCUCGGGUUUCAAGGAGGAGUGUGUGGCGGUUCUCUUCGCCGAUGGCAUCGCUAUGAUCGAGCUGGCUACAGGUCGCACCACCUGUGAAAUUCCGCUGCAGGUGCCUUGCGUCAUGAAUGCGCAUCGCAGCAAUCCGUACGUCAUUGUGGGCACCCUGGAUGGCGUUUUGGUGCUCGUGCACUUUGAGCGCAGCAAUGUGGCGCAUGUGGUCGCCGAGGUGCAAUGCGAGUCCGCAGCGGUGUUCGCGCUGGACUAUCACGACACCUGCGUGGUGCUGCAGGAUCAGGCGAAGCGUCUGCAUGUAGUCAAUGUGGAGUAUCGUCCGCCCAAGAUGACCUACUUCUUUGCCAUCAAGGACGAUCUGUUGGUCAAGCAGGUGUUUGUCAUGGACUUUCUGGUGGUGGAGGGUCCACGUCUGCUGGUGUUCAUUACACGCGACGAGGACGUCAAGUAUCCUGGCUAUGCGGAUGAAAUGUGGAUUUAUAACUGGGGCAAGGACAGGCGACUGCAUCGACGCGAGUUCAAGCUGCCCAAGACCUAUAUCGCGUUUCAGGUGCAGCCACCUGCUGGACGCUGGGUGCUGGUGGAGAUUGUGUGCGUGGUGCGGAACAGCGGGGUAUUCGAUCAGUAUGUGCUGAACGAGAAGAACGAGCUGCAGCUGGUCUGCUCCAUUGGCACGACGCACUUUGGCUACAUCAUUGGCAUGGGGCAUACCAAGCAUGUGAUGACCUGGGGCAUUGCCGGCAUCAUGGUUCACUUUCGCCAGCACAAGCGCGCCAAGAAGCCCUACAUGAUGUCCCGCUAUGUGGCGCUCUUCUAUAAGCCGGAGUAUCUGCUUCGCGCUCGCGAGUGCUACAACUCCAAGUACAUCAUUCUGCUGAGCGCCAAUAACGUCAUGCGGGUCUGCCGGCUGCCCUCGCUGGCGGACAACAUACGCGAGAACACGGAGCUGCCGGUGGAGGAGAAUUUCUUUAUCGAGCAGAUCAAAUAUGAGGUGAAGCCGUUUGUGCCCUCCAUAGCCAAGCUGGAGGUCAAGGAGGAGUACACCAAUGCGGAUCUGUUCAAGCACGAGAAGCUCAAGCAAAUGAUUAAGGAUUUUGCAGCCAAGGUCACUGCGCUCAUUGAUUACGACAUUUCGGUUACGGGCAAGACCAAGGGCAUCUACAAAAAGUUCUGCUAUCACUACAAGUGGCUGGAGGCGUUGACUGAGCAGGCGCACAAGCUUUGCGAAGUGGAGCGCGCUUCGCUUAUGGAGGCUAUAGCGGAUCAGUCACGCAUACGCGACUGGAUCAUGCGCCUGGUGACACGCGACGCCAUCAACAUAAACUACAAGGUGCGCUCCAUUUUCGCCGAUGCCAACUUUGACAGCUUCUCGAUGCAGCGCAAGCCGAAGACAGAAGUUUUCGAUAAGUAUCGCUUCUAUGAUCUGGAGGAUCACAUACGCAUGUCGACAAUGUCGCUGGAUGAAAUCGAAGAGGUGCCCGAAGAGUCAGAGCAGCAUGAGCUGGUCGAGCAGGAUGCGGAGCAGCAGCCACAGGUGGGCCCCAAAAAGUCCGUGCUACGCGAAUUGAAGCCCUACGUCGUGGUGGGCAGCAGCAUCUAUGAGCAUGUGAUGGCGCCAGUGUUCCAGCUGCAGAAUCGCGCUAUAGUCACCACCAAUCAGACGUUCAAUGCCAAUUGCAAGUAUCGCUUUUAUUUGUGGGAGCCGCUCAAGCAGGAGUUCAACAAGCAUUUCCACGAGGCGCAGCAGAUGAAGCAGGAGACCAUCGACAAUGUCGUCGGCACCAACAAUGUGCUCAACAAGAUCUACGACAAUAUGAAUAUUAUGCUGCGACUGCUGCAUAUGGAAAAGUUUGAGCCGCCAGCGCUGACGCUGCCCACGCUGGCCAAGGACGAGGUUAUCAAGUGCAUUAUGGAGGUGGAUGACUCGGAGAUUAAGGCCAUCAAUCGACGCAGACGCAAGACCAUUGAUACGGGUGGCAAGCGUGGGCGUCUGUUGCUUUGGUCAGUGGAGUUUUGGGCGCGUGCGCUUAUUGUUAUGAUGGAUGGCGUCAUUGAAAAGUUGUGGGAGGAGGAGAUCAAAAAGGACAUACCCGUGCCAGAGUUUACGCUCAAAAAGCAGCCGCAUGAAUAUUCGCUGGAGGAUCAGCGCGUCUAUCGCGCCUACGAGGAGGCAGUGCGUCAGUUAGAAGCAGAUCGGCGCAAGUAUUUGGGCAUUCUACAUGAAAAUGAAACCAAGACGCUCGCACUCAAGAUGAAUCACAUUUUGAAGCUUAACAAGCGCGUGGCUGAGCUGAUGCUGCUCAAGCUCAAGUACGACUUUGCGCUGAAGCAAAUGCGCGUGCGCAUGCUGAAUCUCAAGUCCAUUAACUAUGAUCGCGAUCAGCUGCGCAAGCGCGUCAAGAGUCUGCGCAGCGACAUAGACAAGCUGGGCGAGUACAUCAAGCGCUAUGGCCAGCUCAUGGAGUUUUGGGAGCGUGCAGCGGCUGAGGUGCGCACGCGCCUGGACACGCAGCAGACGCGCGAUCGCGCCAUUGAGCGCUUCUUCCGCGGCAAUUUUCUCAAUACAGUGCCGCAUGCCUCGCAUGAAAUGACGAAGCUGUUCAAGAAGCGACCCAAGCUGACCAACAAGCUGUUUCCCUCGUCCAUGAUGUGCCUGGAGGUGGCGCAUCGACUUAGCCCCAAGGUGAGCACGCGCAAUGCCUUUCCGCUGCCCAAGGAUGUGCUGGACUUUCUGGCCAACAUAGCCGAGGGUGAUCUGCCCAAGCAGUGUCCGCCCUCGGUGGACGCCAAGGCUUGGGAUGCCUUCACCAAGCUGCGACGCCAGAAAAUCGAAAGCGAGCUGCGGCUCAAGGGCAUUGGCUAUCAGCUGAGCGACAGUCAAAACUACCUGAACAGCCUCAGCAAGGACAUCAACAGUCUGAAGGAAGCCAAGGCUCUGACCCAAAGGGAAAUGGAGGACACCACACAGCAAUAUCUCGAAGCCAUACACAACAUGACCCUGCAGAUUACCCUCACCCUGGGUCAGGUGGAGGUGCAUGUGGGUGGCGUCGUCAAGUCGCUGCAGGACAGCGUGCUCAUGCAUGUGGAUGACAUCAAAGCCGUCAACGCCAUGAUCAAGAAUGCGGGCAACAAGAAAAUCAAAGCCAUGCAGCGCGUCGCCAUCUUCAGGCGUCAGGUAAUCUUCAAGGAGUGGGAGCACAAGCUCUACAAGGCCAACAUUGCCUAUCUCAAGUACAUGCUGGAUGCCAUAGAGAAGUGCAAGGUCAGCUUGGAGUUUCUCACGAUCCUACGCAACUGGGAGAAGGUCAAGGCGGAGCGUCAGAAGUUCAUGACGCCGGGCGCCAUCGAGCGUGUGGUGGAGCAAAAAAUUGCAGCAUUUCGCAAACAUAUUGAGAGAGUCAACAUUAAAAUUGACACAGUCAAGGCCAACAUACUGGAGACCAAGCGCAAUAAUCAUGCUAUAAAUCUAAAAGUUGAAAGGCUCAAGGUCGAUGUUGCCUUUCAGCAUCAGCAGCGCGAUAUAAUGAUGGAAGAGCGACGCGAUCGUGAGAAGCAGGAGCGCAUGCAACAAAUAAAGACGCACAGUCAGUUGCUAACAAAUGUGCGCAAGCAUUACGCCCAUGUGCUGGAGCUGCAGACAAUAUUGGAGUUGCUACGACUGCGCACAUACCCUACGCUGGGUCCGCCACUGCCGCAAUGCCACCCACCCGUGCCAGAGUUCAUUUUACACUCGACGCCGAAAUAAAAUUGUUAACAAACUGCAACUGAAUAGAGAGAG